AUGGAUCCAAAUUGUAGGCAUCCGGUUACAUUCCUUCUUGUCUUCUUAACCUUGGUUUCCAGUGGCUCUGCUUGGGUUGGCGUGAACUGGGGAACCAUGGCAACCCACCAACUGCCACCUUUGAAGGUGGUGAAAAUGCUCAAGGAAAAUGGGUUCUCCAAAUUGAAGCUCUUUGACGCGGAUGAGUUGAUUAUGGAAGCUCUCAUGGGCACCGAUAUCCAAGUCAUGGUUGCAAUACCCAACAACAUGCUGGAGAAGAUAAGUAACAGUCCUAAAGCUGCAGACUCUUGGGUCUAUGAUAAUGUUACCUGUUACUUGUUCACUGGUGGCGUAAAAAUCAGGUACGUUGCUGUGGGUAAUGAGCCUUUCCUUAAAGCAUAUAAUGGUACCUUUGCAAAGAAAACGCUACCAGCCCUAAAGAAUAUACAGGCAUCACUUGAUAAGGCCGGGGUGAGUUCAAAGGUCAAAAUCACUGUUCCAUUCAAUGCUGAUAUUUACUAUUCACCUGAUUCAAAUCCAGUGCCAUCAGCUGGUGACUUCAGGCCUGAAGUACGAGACCUCACAAUUGAAAUAAUCCAAUUCUUGUAUGCAAACAAUGCACCUUUUACAGUCAAUAUCUACCCUUUCCUUAGUCUUUAUGGCAACGAAGAUUUCCCUUUUGAUUUUGCAUUUUUUGAUGGAAAAAACAGUCCUCUUAGGGAUGGUAAGGCACUUUACACCAAUGUGUUUGAUGCAAAUCUUGACACUCUUCUGUGGGCUUUAGACAAGGCAGGAUAUCCUGACAUGAAGGUUAUAAUUGGGGAAAUUGGGUGGCCAACAGAUGGUGAUAAGAAUGCUAAUGCCAAGAGUGCAAGGAAGUUCAACUUUGGUUUGCUUAAACAUGCUCUGAGUGGCAAGGGUACCCCUAAAAGGAAAGGCACAAUUGACCUGUACCUAUUCAGCCUCAUUGAUGAGAACACUAAAAGUGUUGCUCCUGGGAACUUUGAGAGGCAUUGGGGGGUUUUUGAGUUUGAUGGCAAGCCAAAGUAUGAAUUAGACUUAACUGGCCAGCACCAGGACAAGGGCCUUGUCCCUGUGGAAGGUAUAAAGUACCUGGAAAAGAGGUGGUGUAUUUUGGAUCCAGAUGUGACUAAUUUGAAUGAUUUGGCUAGUUACAUUGACUAUGCUUGUACCUUUUCUGAUUGUACUUCCCUUGGCUAUGGUUCUACUUGUAAUAUUCUUAGUGUCCAAGGGAAUGCAUCUUAUGCCUUCAAUAUGUACUAUCAAGUAAAUAACCAACAGAAGUGGGACUGUGAUUUCUCUGGUUUUGCUACCAUAACACGGAAGGAUCCAUCACAGAAAGGCUGCCAAUUUCCUGUGAUGAUAGCUCGCAGUUCAUCUUUGCUACUGCAUGAAGGAAUUCUAGGCAUCCUAAAGAAAGCACUGGAGGUCCUUUUUUUUUGCAUGAUUUUGUUAUAG